UCAGAAGGCAAACAGCAACAACUUUGAAAUCAUCACGUCGGCGAGGUGUAGGCUAAUUGAACAAGCGAGGCUCCUUAUUUGUAUCGUGCGGACUGUAUUAGGCAAUACGUACGCAGAAGGGUCAACCAAAACGGUCAACUGAAGAAAUCUUUGAACAAGACCAGCAGUGUUGUUUCCUAGCCAUGUAAUAGGCUACACCAAAGAAGUCAGUUCCUGUUUUAUAACCGUGGUUGUUAUAAUGCUAUAACGCUAUUCCAUUGACUGGGUGAAGAAGGACUUCUCGUCGUAUGUUGUAUGGUGUUUAAGUCUUAAACUUUAAGAUCAUCAUGGGUCUGCCGAUGGUUCUGGUCCGGUUAGCUGUAUUUCUAUGUCUGACUGUACAUUGCGUGAGUUCCUCGCCUCCGAAUUUCAUCCUAUUGUUUGCCGAUGACUUGGGCUUUGGGGACCUUGGCUGCUUCGGACACCCCAGUUCGGUGACGCCCCACCUGGACAAACUUGCCGCUGGAGGACUGCGAUUCACCGACUUUUAUGUGACCAGCCCCGUCUGUAGCCCCUCCAGAGCAUCCCUUCUAACAGGGCGGUACCAGACUCGCUCAGGGAUCUUCCCAGGAGUUCUGUACCCCGGCUCUAAAGGGGGUCUCCCCCUAAACGAGACCACCAUCGCUGAGGUCCUGAAGCCCCUGGGCUACAACACGGCCAUGAUGGGGAAGUGGCACCUUGGAGUGGGACAAAACGGCACAUACCUGCCCACCCGGCAAGGCUUUGACUCCUACCUGGGCAUUCCCUAUUCACAUGACAUGGGUCCCUGUCAUAAUCUGACAUGCUUCCCUCCCGAUGUGAAGUGUUUCGGUUUCUGUGACCGUGGGGUGGUGACGGUUCCUCUGAUGCACAACGAGGAUAUUAUCCAGCAGCCUGUGGACUUCCUGAAUCUGGAGACGGCCUACAGCAAGUUUGCCAGCAAAUUCAUCAGAGACUCUGCACAGAAGGGCCAGCCAUUUUUCCUCUACUACCCUUCACAUCAUACCCACUACCCCCAGUUUGCGGGGCCCAGGGCAGCUGGGAAGUCCCGGAGAGGGCCGUUUGGAGACGCCCUCAUGGAGCUGGACACCACCGUUGGAGAGAUACUACACACACUCAAAGAGACCGGCGUCCUCAACAACACACUCAUCUUCUUCACAGCUGACAACGGGCCUGAGCUGAUGCGCAGGUCUCGUGGUGGAAAUGCUGGGCUCAUGAAGUGUGGCAAAGGCACCACCUACGAGGGUGGGAUGAGGGAACCUGCCAUCGCCUACUGGCACAGCCGCAUCUCACCAGGGGUCACUCAUGAGCUGGCCAGCUCUCUGGACAUUCUGCCCACCUUCGCCCUGCUGGCUGGAGCUCCUCCACCCAAAGUGACCCUGGACGGGGUCGACAUGUGCAGCAUCCUGUUCCAACGAGGACCUAGUCAGAGAGAGGCUAUGUUCUACUACCCUACAGACCCCAGUGAGAAAUACGGUGUGUUUGCAGUCAGGAUGGGCAAGUACAAAGCCCAUUACUACACAAGAGGAGCAACCCACAGCGAUACCACCCCAGACCAGGACUGCCAUGUCACAGCCUUCCAGAAGCAUCACGACCCCCCACUCCUCUUCGACCUCGAGGCCGACCCCUCAGAGAACUACAGCCUCUCCCCAGACAAGCACCCUGAGGUGGGCUGGGUGCUCAAGCGCAUGCAGUAUCUCCGUGAUGAUUUCCAGGCCUCCAUGGUGUUUGGGGAGAGCCAGGUGGAGCUGGGCAUCGACCCUGCUUUGGAGCCCUGCUGCAACCCCUCCUGCACCCCCAAACCGGACUGCUGCACCUGCUGAUGAGGAUGGAGGAGGAUGAAGGAGACAGAGCAGGCUGGCAUUGUGGGAGAUGGACUGAGAAGAGGAAAGAGGGAAAGGGAGACGCUGUGAGACAUAAUGAUCGAAGAAGAGAGUGAUUAAGGCAGAUUGGGACAAAGGAAAAAAGAAAAGAUAAAAUGAUGGGAAGGGGAAUCAUAAGAAGCAAGUAAUGAGAUUGACAGGAGCUGACUAUGGUGACUGCAAGACUUGCAGUCAUUCCUCCAAACAUUUCUAAUCAGUACAUCACCAGCACACUCUCACAGGUGUACUGUGGACACUGUUAAUGUGAUUUUAUGUGAAAUUUUGUACGUAAUGAAUCAGCCUGUGAUCUGCCCUCCAAAGACUGUGUCCAUCUCCUUGUGUGAGAAAAAGAAAGACCGCUGCACUCCUAAUCACUCGUUGGGUGGUCAGUGGGGCUUGUGCAGUGGAAUGCUUGAGGGACACUGACUACAAUCUGAGAAGAUGUCUGAAGCUCAUAGUCUCAGCCACUACUCAUGUGAUCUCUGAGAAAAUAGUUUUAUCCAUAAAUGGCCUUACGUUGUACACGAUGGCAUAUGAGGACCUCAGAGCCGCCCACAUGCAAUUCGCAUGGCCUUACAUUAGUGGCAUAUGGUAUGAAGAACAGAGGCCAGAUACGCGAGUCAAUGUGUAGAACAACUGUGACUAGAAACCUCAUUUGCUAUGAUUGUUGUCCCUGAGUGUGUUGAAUUGUUGUUUCCGAGAGUGUGUGUGGAAGUGUGUAUGACUGAGUAUGAAUGAGGACUACGUAUAUGGCACAAUUCUCGUCUGUCUUAAACAGUUUGCCCUUGACCUCAAGAGGCCUCAAGAGUCGACAUGGACUACGGAUUAUCCUAACAACAUCAUACUGAUUAUCCUAAUUUAUAUGCCUGAGAGACUCAAUUGCCUCAAUCAAGUGUUUAGAAUGACGCAGUGAAUGUUGAAAUUAUUUUUAAAAGGGACCACUUAUUGAUUUAAUUUUUUGCUUCUAAUGUGGAGAAACUGAAUUAACAUUUUAAUAAAUGGUUUUAAAAAUGAA